CACCAGACAUAGAGGAGGAAAAAAAGCAAAGUGAUCCAUUGAACCAGAGUCUUCGCCCUCUCUUAAUUACGUCGAGUCUCGUAUCUUUUCCCUUUUUUUUCACCAUUUUCCCCCACUCUUUUAGACUUGGGGCUAGUGGUAAUUAGCUACAACAGAAUAAAACCAGCUGAUCGGGAGAGAGGUGGUGUAUUUUGGAGCGAGAUGGCUAACAGAAACAUUCUGUUGCUCUUCUGCGGACUCUUCGUCUUAGCUCUGAUUCAGCCCUCUCUUCAAGGAGGUGUGUAUGUACCACCUGGUGCUGGCAUUGGAGUGGGAGGCAUUGGAACAAGAACUGGAUUCUUUCCAGGGUCUGCUGGAGGAGUCCCCGUGGGCUAUAAACCAGCUAAAGCUGCAGUAGGAGGUUAUGGAGGUGGAGGCCAUGGUGUGGGCCCAGGUGGUUUGCAGCCAGGGGGUGUUGUGCCUGGUGGCUUGGGCAUUGCAGGACCAGGUGGAAAGGCCCCUAAACCAGGUUAUGGCAAUGUAGGAGUCGGUGUCCUUGGAGGAGGUGGUUAUGGUGGUUUUGGUGGCUAUGCUGGACAGAAGGCUGCCAAAAGAGGCACUGGAGGACCUGUGGUUGGGACAGGAGGAGUUCCUGGAGGCCCAGGAAGUGGAGCUGUAGUGCCCGCUGGAGUACCUGUUAUUCCUCAGACAGGCCUUCCAGGAGGGGCUGGUGUUGGCGCAGGAAAGAAAGCUGCUAAAGUGCCAGGUGUGGGUGUGCCUGGACUUUACCAAGGUGGAAUGGUGCCAGGAAAAGGGUUUGGUGGACGUGGAGUUCUGCCUGGAGUUGCCACCGGCACCGACCUGAGUCAAAAAUCAAUCGGAGGUGGAGUACAAGGAGGAGGUCAAGGACCAAAUGGCCGUGGGUUUGUCGGACCAAUGCAGCCAGGAGUGUUCCACGGAUACCCCCUCAAAUCACCCAAAGUUCAAGGUGGCUACGCAGCAAAACCUGGAGGUGGCAAAAUUCCCUUUGGUUAUGGGGGCUUUGGUAACGUUGGAGCUGGCCUGCCAGGAGGAAAAGGUGGCCCUGGUUCAAGACCUGGAUAUCCUGUUGGAACUGGAGUCGGGCCUGGAGGCAUCUCACCUGCUCAGGCUAAAGCUGCAAAAUAUGGUUUGGCUGGCAUUGGAGGUGGUGGUGGUGUUGGUGGUGUUGGUGGUGUUGGAGGUGUUGGAGGUGUUGGUGGACCAUAUCAAGGGCAGGUGCCAGGAGGAUAUGGAGCUGGUUCCAAGGCUGCUAAAUAUGGAGGAGGACCGGGAGGUACACCCAUUGGAGUAUCAGGAGGAGUUCCAAGAUUACCGGUGGCUGGUGGAUUUUCACCAGCAGCCAAAGCUGCUAAAUAUGGGAUAGGAGGACAACUGGGGACAGGAGGACAACUGGGGACCGGAGGACAACUGGGGACCGGAGGACAACUAGGGACAGGAGGACAACUAGGGACGGGAGGACAACUAGGAACAGGAGGAUACUCUCCUGCUGCCAAAGCUGCUAAAUAUGGACUAGGGGGACAGAUAGGAACAGGAGGGCUCGGGGGAACAGCAGGAGCAGGAGGAUACCCUGCUGCUGGAGCAGGAGUGGGAGCAGGAGGAUACCCUGCUGCUGGAGCAGGAUUGGGAGCAGGAGGAUACCCUGCUGCUGGAGCAGGAUUGGGAGCAGGAGGAUACCCUGCUGCUGGAGCAGGAGUGGGAGCAGGAGGAUACCCUGCUGCUGGAGCAGGAGUAGGAGCAGGAGGAUACCCUGCUGCUGCCAAAGCUGCUAAAUAUGGAGUAGGGACACUAGGAGACACAAGAGGACAUGGAGGAACAGCAGGACUGGGAGGCACGGGACCACUAGGAGGACCAGGAGGACCAGGAGGACUUGGAGGUGGAGGAUACUCUGCUGCUGCUAAAGCUGCCAAAUAUGGUCCAGGUGCUGCAGGAGUAGUUCCAAGUGGAGGUGGGGGAGGAAUUCCUGGAAGAGUCCCAUUUUUACCAGGAUAUGGAUCUUUGGGUGCUGGUGCCAAACCUCCUAAAUAUGGAGUCCCAGGAGCAGGACAAGGAGUUCCAGGGGGAGCGGGACAGAUACUACCCGGUGCUGGCGGCUAUGGGGGUUAUGGACCUGGUGCUGGAGUCAAACCCCCAAAGUAUGGAGUUUCAGGAGGAGCUGGAGCAGGGCUCGGAGCUGGAGGUCUUGUAGGGACAGGAGGAACAGAAGCAAUAAUACCAGGAGUAGGAGGUGGGCAAUACUCUGCUGCUGCAAAAGCUGAUAAAUAUGGAGGCAUCACUGGAAUAGGACUUGCCGUGCCAGGAGCUACGCCACAUACAUCUGUCAGUGGUGUCCCAGAUGGAACUGCUCAACCAGGGCCCACGGCUAUUGCCGCAACUGGCAAGGCCCCAGAGGUCCCGCAGCCCAGCGUUGCUGGUGGUAUUAUUCAGCCUAGUACUGGCACAAGUGUUGGUGGAACAGGUGUUGGAGCACCUCCUGGUGGUGUCGGUUUGGGGACAGGUGUCAAAGCACCUAAACCAUUUGUACCAGGUGCUGGAGUUGGAUAUCCCUAUGGUGGAAGUUAUGGAGUUCCUUAUGGUGCAGGUAUCCGCACUGGACCUGGAACUGGAGUCGCAACUCAGCCUGGUGCGGACCCUUUCAAAACUUCAGCUGUGGGUGGAGCAGCAGGCGGAGUAGGACUCCCACUGGAAGUAGGCGGUUAUCAAGGGGGAUACAGUCCAUAUCAUCAUGGUUAUGGACAGGCAGGUGGGUUGACGCAUCCCUCCGCAGUUGGACUGGGAGGUGCUGGUGGUGGAGUUAAAGCACCCAGACAAGGCUACGUCAAUGGUGGUGGAUAUCAGCCAGGUGCUGUUCGUGUAGCUCCUGGUUAUGGAGGAGGUUACCCCCAGCAAUACCUCCCAGGUGGAUAUGCUCCUGCCCAGCUGACUCCUCAGUCAGCCAAAGCAGCCAAGUACGGUCCACUGCAGGCAUUCCUUGGCGGUGCAGGAGGAGGAGGGUUCUACAGAGGUGGAGUUGCGAGAUGCCAGGGCAAAUACUGCGGGAGGAGGAAGUAGAGGAUCUCUUGAGAUCCAGCGUGACCUCAAGAAACUAUGGUGCUACUGCAUGAUGGAGAAUGUACAUUUUAUAUGCAAAAAAAAAAAACCC